AUGGUGAGAAUUUGGAACGAGGCAAUAAGGGGAGAUGGAAAAAUCUAUGGUGAAGACUUGAGCAGUGCAGCGUUACUAUUCUGGGCUGCUCUUAUCACUCUUUCCAUAAUUGCAUCUGUCAUUUUCUCUUGUGCCGGCGGUGCAUCCAAAGACAAAGCCUCUGCUACUGAUACUUAUGGUUCGACAUGUGCUGGGUGCGGUGCCGCCUGUGGUGGAUAA